UUAUAUAAUCAGAAGAAGAAGAAGAAAUUUGAAUUAUCUUGAUAAUCGAUUCGAUAUCUUGAAUUAUUAUGAUAAUCGAAUUAUCGAGUAUUUUUAAUUCGAAUUUGCCCAUCACUAAUCUUAUAACUUAUAGCACAGCAUAGUAAGUAAGCUGUGCUUAUAGUUGAAUAAUUCCGAGACGCAGGUUAAAAAGUCUGUGGCUGACUGUAUCCAUACAUAAAUUUUUAAUAAACUUUCACGAAAUGGAAAGAAUAAAGAUUGCUAGUGCUGAUAGGUUGUAGUACUUUAUGAUUCAUUAAUUCAGUAAUGAAAAAGUUCAUGGAGUCAAGUGAAAUGAAUGACUAUUCAAUAGACGAAUUGAGAGAUAAGUAUCCUUUUUGCAUUGUAUGGACACCAAUACCAUUAUUAACAUGGAUAUUUCCAGUCAUUGGCCAUAUGGGUAUUGCACUAUCUUCUGGGAUCAUAAGGGAUUUUGCGGGACCUUAUUAUGUAUCCGAAGACAACAUGGCAUUUGGCAGACCCACAAAGUAUUGGCAACUUGAACCUACUUUAGCUAGAGGGUCCAUCAGUGGCUGGGAUGCAGCGGUAACAGAAGCUUCCGAAAUAUACAAGGGGCGGAUGCACAAUCUGAUUUGCGAUAAUUGUCAUUCGCAUGUUGCAACUGCACUGAAUUUAAUGAAGUAUAAUGGCUCUUCAAAUUGGAAUAUGGUGAAAUUAGCAUUUUCUAUGAUCGUGUAUGGCAAAUUUGUCUCAUUUUUAGCAUUUGUGAAAACUUGGUUACCGUUUACAAUUUUAAUGUUACUAAUACUACUUUGUAUAUGUUUUUUGUAAUUAAACUAACAAUACGUGGU